CUCAGUUAUCUACACCUGAGCGGCACGUGUUGCUUCCCCCCUCCCAGAAAACAAAUAUAAAAUCUGUGCUGAACACCCAAAACUGCAACCUAUAUACCAUGCAAUCGGUGGCUUACCCUUUCGCGCUACUCUGCGCGCUACUGAGCGCGCCGGGAUCGCUGGCUUCAAUCAAUCCAAUCCUCGAGGAGUAUCAAGACAUUGGAGAAUGCUUCAAGACUCCGGUAACAUAUUACCUGUCAUACGCCAACAUGGAGCACCCGCUCCUCCCGCCAUGCACUCAUAACCGACAACUCUGCCUCGGAAACAACGGCGAGGCACCGUUCGAAAUGCGUUCCCUGAAAGAUGGCAAACCAACGCGGAGACUAACAAUAUUCCGACUAGCCAGGUCACCAUGCUACAAUGUGUCGAACAUUGUGCGCGCCCCACUGGAUGACAGUGACAAUCCAGACUUCUUUGACUUCGUGAUUUCAUAUGUUGAAUGUGGCCGGUGCGUCGUCACGAUGUUACCUACAAUUAGCCCGGACACCUGUGCAAUGUUCGUGACUAACCCGGACGUCCCUCCGAGUCGCUGCUGUCUCUUUACGUAUGCGCUCCUGUGUGGAAGCACCAAGAUCCCAAGCUACGAAAAGGACAAAUGCGCCAAUGUGUAAACCGUUACAUUGCGUACAUGUCUGCAAGCAGUUCACGUAUGUUUGGCCCGCGUGAAGCUUAAAGCUUGCAACCUACCAAAUAAAUCUCGUGUCUUCAGAACGCUA